GCUAAGUCUCUUUGGCCACCUGUAGAUGCAGGCGGUUCAGCAUCGAAUAAGAACGCUUGUGAUACAGAAGAUGCAUCAGUCGUUGAAGCUAAUGAAAAUGACAUUCAAAAUUUUUAUGAAGAAACUGACAUGUCAAAUGAUCCGGACGCAACAAUAGUUGAUCUAUCAAUUAAUGUAGUUGUAGAUAAUUUACAUGUAAUCCCUAUAAAGAGACAUAAUGUUGAUUCUUCUAAACAUGAAUCAAAUAAAUGCCCAAAG